UCCUUCUCAACUAUGUCCAGAUCAUCAGCUAUCUUCAACUUCAACCUUCUGGUAAUAUCAGUUUAGGCACGAUGCGAGCAAGAUCAAUACUAGCAUUAUGUGCCCUCGGCGCAUCGCCAUGUGCUGCGCAAACCAUCCCACCCAUUCUCGUCCCGGAAGUCGGGGUUUCGGUCCAUCCUUUUCCAAUGACCCAAGUAAAAUUGAGCGACAGCCGCUGGAUGGACAAUCAAGACAGGACAUUAAACUACGUAAAGUCCAUCAACGUAGAUCGCCUCCUCUACAACUUCCGCGCGUCACAUAAACUCUCCACCAACGGUGCGCAAGCUAAUGGAGGCUGGGAUGCGCCCGACUUCCCCUUCCGCACCCACGCGCAAGGGCACUACCUUACCGCCUGGGUAAACUGCUAUGCCACGCUCGGAGACGCAGACUGCAAACAAAAAGCGACUUACUUCGUAGCCGAGCUAGCCAAAUGCCAGGCCAACAAUGCCGCUGCCGGUUUCAAUACUGGGUACCUCUCUGGCUUCCCGGAGUCUGAAUUCGAAAAGCUAGAGAAGAGAACUCUCAACAACGGCAACGUUCCUUACUACGCUGUUCACAAGACAAUGGUCGGGCUCCUCGACGCAUGGCAUAUCAUGGGCGAUGAAACUGCCCGCGAUGUCCUACUCAAAAUGGCAGCCUGGGUCGACGGCCGCACUUCCAAGCUCUCCGCAUCUCAGAUGCAAACCAUGCUCGGCACGGAGUUUGGAGGCAUGAACGACAUUCUAGCGUAUAUUUACCAAUAUACAAACGAUCAGAAGUGGUUAAAAGUCGCCCAGCGCUUCGACCAUGCAGCUGUUUUCGACCCUUUGGCUAAUAAAGAAGACCGCCUAAACGGAAAUCACGCAAACACUCAGGUUCCGAAAUGGAUCGGCGCUGCUCGAGAAUACAAAUCCACAGGCCAGACCCGAUAUCUUGACAUCGCGCGGAAUGCGUGGGAUUUCACCGUAAACGCCCACUCGUAUGCAAUCGGUGGCAACAGCCAGGCAGAGCACUUCCGUCCCCCUAACGCCAUUGCUGGGUACUUGAGAAACGAUACCGCUGAGCACUGCAACACCUACAACAUGCUGAAGCUCACGCGGGAUCUGUGGGCGUUAGAUCCAGAGAAGACAAGCUAUUUCGAUUUCUACGAGCGCGCGUUGUUGAACCACCUCUUGGGCGCACAGAACCCAGCUGACCAGCACGGCCACAUCACCUAUUUCACGCCUCUCAACCCCGGCGGGAAGAGGGGAAUUGGUCCAGCUUGGGGAGGUGGCACGUGGAGUACAGACUACAACUCUUUCUGGUGCUGCCAGGGAACGGGUGUCGAGACAAAUACCAAGUUAAUGGACUCCAUCUACUUCUACGACAACUCCUCGCUGUAUGUCAACUUGUUCACGCCUUCUGUGCUGAAUUGGGAAGAGCGUGGGGUGCAGGUCACACAAACUACUACGUAUCCCAUCAAUGACACGAACACAUUGAAGGUUACUGGAUCCGGAGACUGGACUAUGCGCAUCCGCAUCCCAUCCUGGACCGCAAACGCCGAGAUCAAAGUCAAUGGUCAACCCGCAGAAAACGUGAAAGCAGAUCCCGGAACAUAUGCAUCGCUAACGCGAUCAUGGACAUCCAACGACACAGUCACGGUAAAGCUCCCCAUGAAGUUGAGAAAAGUCGCCGCGAACGAUGAUCAGAAUACUGCAGCGCUUGCAUUUGGACCGACGAUUCUAAGCGGAAAGUACGGAAACACUGUGCUAAACUCUGUGCCGAAGCUCGAUCUGGGGUCAGUGACCCGCGCUAGCGGGGAUGAUUUGGUGUUCUCGGCGACUGCGGACGGGAAGAAGGUCGAGCUGGGCCCGUUUUAUGAUGCGCAUGGCUUCAAUUAUAACGUGUACUGGGCUACGAGCGGCUCACUGCCUAGUACUGCAUAG